GCAUAGGUCGCUUCGAAUGAUAAGACGGUCCCGCAUUGGAUCCCAGACUAAGGUCUUCCCACUAAAAGAACGGGAAUAUAAGGUGGCUCUCAUUUCCUUCCAGAGUUCUUGAUCUCGUGCGCAACCGUUGAGAGGAAUUUCUGUCCUAAAACUAUCCCCUCUUGUUCUUGGGGAUUACCUUGCCUGGCCCUCUCCACAAUGUCUACAGCAGAUCAUGAUGUUGAGGUGACUCAACAACAGGCCCAAUACAACUCUACCCAUAUGGUCGAUGAGAAGGAUGUCCUCGAGGCAAACGAAAAGGCUCUGGGGCCUACCGCUGAUGGUGAAGAACCCAAUCAGGAUGAGGUCAAGAACUUGCGCCAUAUUGCGGAGAACCUGCCCCUCUCGGCCUGGCUCGUCGCCGUUGUCGAACUGUGCGAGCGUUUCACCUACUACGGUAUGAGCGGUCUGUUCCAGAACUACGCGAAUCUUCCUCUGGAUGGCAGUAAAGGACGUGGCGCCCUUGGUCUUGGUCACCAGGGUGCGACGGGUUUGACGACCUUCAACCAGUUCUGGUGCUACGUCACUCCUAUCAUCGGUGCUAUUGUCGCCGAUCAGUACCUUGGCAAAUACAAGACUAUUGUCCUUUUCUCCAUCGUCUAUAUGAUUGGUUUGCUCAUCUUGGUGUGCACAUCGAUUCCCUCAUCCCUUGAGCACGGUGCUGGUUUGGGAGGCUUCAUUGUAGCCAUUCUGAUUGUUGGUCUUGGAACUGGUGGUAUCAAGAGUAAUGUGGCUCCCCUGAUCGCCGAUCAAUACAAGCGGAAGAAGAUGGCUAUUAAGACCAUUGCCAAGACCGGCGAGCGGGUCGUCAUUGAUCCUGCCCUCACUAUCCAGCGUAUCUACAUGAUCUUCUACGGUUGUAUCAACGUUGGCUCUCUCUCCUUGCUAGCGACACCCUAUAUGGAAAGAGAUAUCGGCUUCUGGUCCGCCUAUUUGCUCUGUCUGUGCAUGUUCGCUUGUGGCUCUUGCGUUCUGAUCAUCGGACGCAAGUAUUACGUCGUCCGUCCUCCCCAGGGAUCCGUUAUCACCAACGCCUUCAAGGCGCUGUGGAUUAUGGUCAUCAACCGCAACAUGGAUGCACCCAAGCCCACCUGGCAGGCCGAGCAUGGCGGCCGCAAGGCAAGGACCAACUUGCCUUGGGAUGACCACUUCAUCGACGAGCUCAAGCGUGCCCUGGUUGCCUGCAAGGUCUUUGCCUUUUACCCUAUCUACUGGGUUGUCUAUGGUCAGUUCUCGGGUAACUUCGUCACCCAGGCCGAUCAGAUGGAUGGCCACGGCGUUCCCAACGAUUUGAUGCAGAACUUUGACCCCAUCUCCAUCAUUGUCUUCAUCCCCAUCCUAGAGCUUACUGUCUAUCCCGUGCUCCGCCGUUUCCACAUUCAGUUCCGCCCUAUCACUCGUAUCGCCCUCGGUUUCGUGGUUGCCUCCCUGGCCAUGAUGUACGCCGCUAUUGUUCAGCAUCUUAUUUACUCCGCCGGGCCAUGCUACGAGCACCCGGGUUGCGACGCCUCUAUUAUCGAUGGAAAGACCACCGGAAACCGUGUUCAUAUUGCCAUCCAGACCCCGGCCUACGUAUUCAUCGGUAUCUCCGAGAUUUUCGCCUCAGUGUCCGGUCUUGAGUACGCCUACACCAAGGCCCCCCCGUCCAUGAAGUCGUUCGUGCAGUCGAUGUACCUGCUCACCAACGCCUUCGGCUCUGCUAUUGCUGAGGCCCUUACUCCAGCCGCGUACGAUCCUGCCAUCUUGUGGAUGUUCGUGGGCCUUGCCGUCGCUUCGUUCCUUGCCGGUAUCAUCUUCUACAUUGUGUACCACCACUUGAACUACACGGAAGAUGAGAUGAACGCCCUCGAUGCUGAAGAUCCCGACCCCUCUAUGCCUCACCAGCAGGAGGCCGAGAAGAAGAAGGAAGAGGAGAAUCAUGCAUAAUCUUGUUAUUGUACUAUAAUGUUUACUUUUGCCUUUUUUUUUUUUACACAUAGAUACUAAUUUCUCGUUCUUGACCGGUUGUGGACAUACUCGAUCUCGCGCGGCUUCGCGUCAGAGCACCUGCUGAGCAGAUGAGAGGAGUAUAACGAGAUAAUGUAUAUACGAAUUCACGUUUGAUCACGUUGAAUCAAUGAACACUUGACUCAUUCAAUACUCUUUCCCAUCUUUGCCAUCGAAAUGACUCAGAUUAGAACCACUUGCCUCAAGUUCAACAAAGGAUCCCGGACCUCGUCCGACGGAGAUUGUCUCACCAUUGGGACCCGCACUUGAUUACAUGGAACCCAAACCCCGAACUAAUUUAAUUAACUAAGAGUGGGACCA